AUGUAAAUUAGUAAUAUUUUUAACUAAGUCUAAUUAAAUUGCUGCCAAAAAGCUGUUAAUAGCUAUUAUUAAGUUUUUUCUAUUUAAUUAUUUCUUGAUGUUGCAGAAAGCUUUGCACAACAAAAAGAUUAGCAGAAUACUGAAGAUAUCAAUUGUUUAACUGAAUGCAACUCUAUGAAUAUAUAAUAGAGCGAAGAGAUUCUCAAGAGUGAAGAUAGUUAAAUGGUGGAUAAAUGUGAUUCAAGCAAGCAUACUUUUUAGAUGAUUUUUAAUACUAAUAAUUCCAAUCUAAUGAAAAAUAUUUUGAAGUCAUUCUAGAGAUUUGUUGAAAAUGAAAAGGAUUUAAAAAUUUAAUCAUUAUUUUGCAAGCUAGCAAAAGUCACCUAUGGCUAUCCUGAUCUAUGCAAAUUUAUUAAAUUCAGUCUAAAAAAAUAAGGAAAAAGAUGGAAUAUGAAGGCUAAAAAUUUGGUUGAGAAAUCAAAUUUAAAACCUUUGUUUUAAUACUAUUUAAAAAAUAUUAACAAAUUAUGGUUAGAUAACAGUAAAGUAAAAAAUAAGAAAUAGCACGAAGAAUUAAGUUAGUUUUUACUAAAUUAUAUUGAGAAUCCAAAAUAAUGUUAGUAAAUAAGAUUUUACCAGAAAAAUAAAUCAAUUAUUAAAAAAAUAUAUUGA